AUGCCUUUUAUCGGCGAAACAGCGGCCGCAGCCCCUGGCAACGGCGAGAGCAGAACGGUCAAGAAGGAGUGGUUGGCAGCUCAAAAGAAAAGGGCUAAUGAAGCGAGUGAUCUCGAAACAGAGAUUGAUGGCGAAAGGGCACUGGCGAUCGUUGAGGCAGCACUGUCCAAAGCGAAAGAGUGGAAUCUCAAGAGCGACGAGAUUGGCCUAUGGGAGGUGAAGAGAGUCGUUCUCCUGGACUUGGGACGCGACGAUGAUGCAAUGGUUGCCUGGCACGAGUCCACACAAGUGAUGGCUCGACGUCCCCCUGUGGCUGGCGGCGCCAACUCGUAG